AUGUAAUAUUAAAAAAAGUCGGUUAUUGUUUUAGGUGACUAUGAUCAAUUCUUUGCAAUUGAAACUUAAUCUUGUCGAUCUUGUGAUAUACAUUUGAAUGGAUGUAAAACUUGUACUCAGGAGCUUUUUGAUGUUAAUGAAGUUACUUAUCCAUUACUAAAGUGCAAAUCCUGCUAAAAUGGAUUGUAUCUGCUAACCUUUCCAUUUGAUAAAUACGAAAAUAUUAAGAGCAUAUCUUUGUGUGUAAAUGAUUGUGGGAUUACUGUGGAGAUAAUUGCAAUAACUGCAAUCUUAAAUAUGGAUGCACGGAAUGUGCAUGAGAGUAUAGAAUUCCUUAUUAGAGCUCAAAUUCAGUCCUCUAAACAUUCAAGACUUGCAAUAGAUGCUCAGAUGAAAGAUGCUAAGAUUGUUCAACAUAAUCAUCAACAUAGUGCACAAAUUGCUACUCAGACAUUUCAAUAUACAGUCCUUGCAGUAAUUAUAGUAAAACAUUUAAAUAAUUUAGAUUUAAACACUAACGUAGCUUUGAGUGGAUGCCUCCAAUCUAAUAGUUCUAAUAUAAAUGAUUGCAUUGCCUGUAAAGAAGGUUAUCGGUUAAAUCGAUAAGAUACUUCAACAGAUAAUUGUGAAAAAUGCAAGGUUUAAAAUUAAUGCUUUGAUUAAGAUCAAAUUGAGAUGUUUGAUAUGUGUCAAACAUGCUCUACUAAGAAUAAAUGUGAUAUUUGUAAGAUAGGCUACCUGAUGCCAGGUUAGCAUCACUGCUAACUUAAAUGUGACUUAGGAUACUACCCUGAAACAAUUUUUUCUUCUGAUGAGUGUAUUAGUGAUGAAGAAACUGAUUGUCUUGCUUGUACACCGAAUCAAUAUCUCACAAUUUAAAAUAUUGAAUAAUAAACUGGCUUUUGUUAAGCUAAAAUAAAUGCUGUUGGUUCAAUUAAGAUAUUUGUAACAAGCAAUUACAAUCCUCUGCUAGUCUAGGAUGGAUCAAUCAAUAAACCAUUUUAAGAUUUAUUUGACGGAGUAACUAGGGCUUUUGAACUAGGAUCAUAGUAUACAAGCGCAAUCAUUAAUAUAUACUUAUUCAAAGUUGAUGAUAUUGGGGCUGAUUCAUGCUUAAAUUCUCGAAUUUAAUGCUGUUUGAUUAAGGAUCAAGCCUUAGCAAACGUUUAGCCAGGUUCAUAUGACUGCUCUAUAUUAGAAGAAAACUGCUAGAAAGAUAAUCCUAACUCAAUGUUCAGAUUACAAGAAUUUCAAAAUCCUUAGCUUAGUUUUCCAAUAGUUUUAUUACUUGAAAAUGUUGAAAUUAUCAAUAUCUUUUACGACAUGAAUUCAUUGAUUUAAGUCAGUGAAAUUGAAAAUCCUUUAAUUAAAGUUAAAUUUAUCAAUACCCUAAAAUAAAGUAAGCUAAAAUUCUUAAACUUUUAAAGAUACCCUAAUGAGAUAUAUUACCAGACACAUAUCAAUUAUACAAAUAAGGUCUUAGAAGCCUUCAAUGAUCUCAGAAAUAAAUUAAAUUAAGCUAAUCCCCAGAGUUCUUGUUAGAAUACCAUUUGUUUCAAAAUAGAGAUAACUAAUUCUGGUUUUAAUCAACUUCAUUUCUUAAAGAAAAAGCAAACCAAUCCUGUAAAAAUUAAUCCUGAAAUCGGCUCAAGAUAUUAGGCAUCAGUUAUAAACCUUGACACAUUUAAAGGUGAUGUAUAUUUAUUCAAUUCAACUUUCAUUGACAACUAUGUCAUGUAUGAUGGUGGCUGCUAAAUCUCAGAUUAAUUAUUUAGUGAUUUUCAAGUAAAUAAUUCAGAGUAUCUAAACUACAUCGGUGUAUAGAGUAAAGUUUAGAUAAAAACAUUGGUAUCAAUAAGAAAUCAUUCAAACAAGAUAGUUAUCAUGAAAAAUAAGUUUUCUAAUAAUAUUGCGAUGGUCGGUAUCUUACAUAUUGAUCUUCAAGAUAGUUUAAAUAAUCCAUUGAUAAUUUAAAGUAAUGAAUUCACUAGAAAUUAGGUAUUUGCUCUAUCAAAUGUGAUUCAAGUAACUAAAUAGUAAAAGAAAGUCUUGAAUACUAACAUUAACUCUUUACCAAGUUGUAGGGGAAUUCUGAUUAGUGGAAAUUUGUUUACUCAAAAUAUCGGCUGUUGGAAUUAGCCAGUACAUGGUGCAAUAAGUAUUUAAUGUAAAGAAAUUGAUUUAGAUGAAAUGGUUCUUCAUCAGAAUUAAAUCAAUUACAUAGAGUAAUUAGAUUUUAUGUAAUAUGGAGCACUCAUCAACUAGUAAAGUCUCCUCAAUAUCAAAUCAAAAGACCUCUACACAAAUAAUCAGAAUCUAGUGAUAACUUAUUAAGAUAUCAUAAUCUCAAUGAAUUUAGAAAUAUUACAGUUAAGGGGCAACCAAUACAUCGAAAACUAUGCUUCCUUAAAAAGUUCAAUUGUCAAUAUUGAAGGUUUUCUAUCAGUUCAAUUUAAGAAUGAGGUAUUUAAAUUAAAUGGAAAUUCGUUUGCUGAUGCCUUAAAAAUUUAUUCCUCUUUGUAUGCAAACGUGAUAACUGAUAAAUAAGCUAUUGAUUAAUAUACCUUCAAUAAUAUCAAAAGUAAACAAUCAUUAGAUGAGUCUUAUUUUUCAAGUAAUGAUAUUAACAGAAGUCUUAGUAUAUUGAGAGUAAAGAGAGCAAUUGAAGUUAAUUUUGAAAAUUGUGAUUUUUCAAGUAAUUGGAUAUUCGACUAAGGUCUGGAAUAAAAUAAGGAUGAUUUCUCAACAGGAGGAAUUCUUCUAGAAGAUUUUUACGGUGAGUUUAACUUUAAUGGAAUUAACACAAAAGGGUUUCAUGAUUAAGGUGGGGUUGUAUCAGCCAUGAAAACAUCAUAAUUUUUCCCACUAUUCAGAGAUCUCUAAGAAGGGCAAAGGACACCUCUAAUACGCUUUAAAAAUACGAUAUUUAAGAAAUUUGAUAUCAUAAACACUUUGUUUCGAUAGAUAAAAUUCUACUCGGCUGCCUCAAUCUAUAAUCUAAACUUAUUUGGAUUCAGUCAAAAUGAUAAAAAUUUCUAUGAUAUUUCUAAAUCAAAUAGCUAUUUAGCGUCUAUUCAAAACUGCCAAUUCACUCUUAUUGAAAUGAUAAAUUGUGAGAAAAUAAUCAACCUCUAUCAUCCUAACUUAGAGAUUAGUAAUAAUUAAUUUAGCUACAUUGGAGGAGAUCCAACCAUUGGUCAUUUUGGGCCUCAAAAUCUGCUUUAAUUUGGAAUUUAUAAGGAUAGUAUUUACCUAAUGAAAUCUAACAUUUUUAAGUUUAAUUACUUACCAAAUGGAGCAAUAAUAGGUCUAACUGAAGUUAAUGAUAAUGGUGGAUCCUCAGUAGAUUAUAAUCUGGUAAUAACUUAGAACAUUUUCUUGAAUAAUACUUGUCAAGUAUUGAUGAAUCUUAACUCUAAUGAUUGGAUUAAAGUUAAAAUUAGUUUAUCAAGUUUUCAAAGUAAUUUUGGCAAUCUCUACUCAAAUGAAAUUUAUGUUGGACCAAAACUUAAAAAACUUUUAGUAAAUUCAACUUCAUUCAAUGACAUUAAUCCAACUUAGAUUUUAAAAGCAUCAAUCAUAUAUCAAUAAGGGAAUAGCGAGGUAGAAAUUACAAAAUCUAAAUUUUACUGUUAUUACAUUGGAUAAAAUUAAAAUCGAAUGAAAAUCUAAAUCUAAUAAUAAGUUAUUGCAGAAUCAUUAAGUCCCCCUUUGUAUUUCUCUGGUGGAUAAAUAUCUUUGUCAAAUAAUUAGUACACCUAAUGUCAUGGAUCAUUAAAUGGAGGAGUUAUAUAUGCUGAUUAGAAUUCUAAUAUUACAGAUUACAAAUCAAGCUACUAUGAAAAUUCAGCUUUUAAUGGAGGUGUUUUUUACAUGAAAGAUAAAGCAACAAUAUCGAUACAGGACACUAUUAUCCAAGAUAAUUUUGCAGAUCAAUCAUCAGUUGCAGUCAUUGAUUAAUAUAGUAAACUAUACCUUAGCUAAAAUACAAGAAUCAUAGAUAAUAAUGCUCAUUACUUUGCAACAAUUUAUGCACUAUCUCAAAGCAAUUAUUACAUCGAGGAUUCUUCAUUCUAAAACUGUUAAGCUGAGACUGCUGCUGUAAUUUACUCAUUGUCUCCAGCUCAGGUAAUAUUUUAUCUCUUAAAUCUUAAAGGGUAAUUACAUAAAGAGGACCCAGUUUCUUCGAAAUAUUGCUUCUAGUGGAUCAGCAAUUAUUUCACUUCUUUUUACUGA